UGCUUGUCUGGCAACGAGGUUGGUACAGACCGGAGUUGAGCACGAGAGCUGCUGCCUCUGUAGCCGUGCGCACCGCAGUCAUCCAGUCUCCCUCUCGUGCAGGUCAGUUGUUUCCCCUACUCGGCGGAUGCAUAUUUUCCUUUUUCGGCCAACGUCCAGCGAAUGGUCCAUUUCUGUACCUCAAACAGGGCAUGAGAGCACAAUUCUACUCUAACUGAAUUUCGGACAGUAAUAGCUGGGGGAGUCGAGGAAAGCAUUGUUCCCGAGGAUUGCAUUUGGAGCUAUGCCAGUUCCAGACCAACCUUCUGACACAGAUAAGGCCGCCAUGCUGAGCCCCGUGCUGAAUGCCUCAAACGGAGAUGGCUCAGAGACCGAGACCACCUCUGCCAUCCUGGCCUCUGUGAAGGAGCAGGAGCUGCAGUUUGAGAGACUGACUCGGGAACUGGAGGCGGAACGCCAGAUUGUUGCCACCCAACUGGAGCGAUGCAAGCUGGGAUCUGAGACCGGCAGCAUGAGCAGCAUCAGUUCAGCAGAUGAGCAGUUUCGCUGGAAUACCCAAGACGGACAAAAGGAUAUUGAGGAGGAGCUGACUACUGGCCUAGAGCUUGUGGACUCCUGCAUCAGGUCUCUUCAAGAGUCUGGCAUACUUGACCCUCAAGAAUUCUCAACAAGUGAAAGACCAAGCCUCCUAUCCCAGAGCGCACUGCAGCUCAAUUCCAAUCCAGAAGGGUCUUUCCAGUACUCAGCCAGCUACCAUAGUAACCAGACCCUCGCCCUGAGUGAUUCGUCGACAUCGCAGCUCCCUCCGCGCAGCGGCCAGGUCGGCGGAGCGGUUCACAGCUACAACCAGGUGACAUCGAACCGAGUGGCCCAGCUCGCUGCCGGAGAGUCCGCUCAGUCGCGGGAGUCCUUCGCGCCGAGCCAUGGAAGCGCCUUCCACCUUCCUGACGGCCAGCAGCCGACCUCCAUGUACUACUCCAGCUCCACCCUGCCGGCGCAGCGCGUGAGCUCCCCGCUGUCAAUGCAGGCCUCCGGCUCGCCCACCAAGCUCCAGCGCCUGGGCUCGGCCUCCGACACGCCCGGCUAUGCCACCACCCAGCGCAUCUCCUCACCCAAGCAGUCCCCCGGCCGGCUGGCCAAGUCCUACAGCAGCAGCUCGCCCAUCAACGCGGCGGUGUCCUCCUCCGGCCUGCCGGCCUCGCCCCUGCACGUGACCUCCACGCCCAACGCCUCCACCUCCUCGCCCAUCCACCAGAUCAGCUCCACCGUGGGCAACUACGCCACUCUGUCUCCCACCAAGCGCCUGGUGCACUCCUCCGAGCAGUACAAGCUCUCCCAUGACCUCUACGCCACUGCCACGCUCCAGAGACCCGGCAGCCUAGCAGGGUCCAGGGGUUCUUACAGCAGCCAGCACAGCCACCUGGGGACGGAGCUGCGGCCGCUGCCGUCUCCCGAGCACCAUAUCGACCCUAUCUAUGAGGACAGGGUCUACCAGAAGGCCCCUAUAAGGAGUCUGAGUCAGAGCCAGGCAGAGCCCCUGCCCCCGGGCCACACCGGCACCUACCGCACCAACACAGCCCCGUCUUCCCCCGGUGUUGACUCCGUACCAUUGCAGCGCACAGGCAGUCAGAACGCCACAGGAACUUACCAGAGGGCGGGCUAUGCCGCCGGCCCUGCCGCCAACUACUCGGACCCGUACCGCACGCUCCAGUACUGCCCGUCCGUGGAGUCGCCGUACAGCAAGUCCGGGCCGGCCCUCCCCCCCGAGGGCACGUUGGCGAGGUCCCCUUCUAUCGACAGCAUCCAGAAGGACCCCAGGGAGUUUGGCUGGCGAGACCCAGAGCUGCCUGAAGUUAUCCAGAUGCUGCAACACCAGUUCCCUUCCGUGCAGUCCAAUGCUGCGGCCUACCUGCAGCACCUGUGCUUCGGAGACAACAAGAUCAAAUCUGAGAUCCGGAGGCAGGGGGGCAUCCAGCUGCUGGUGGACCUGCUGGAUCACCGGAUGACGGAGGUCCACAGGAGCGCCUGUGGGGCCCUGAGGAACCUGGUGUACGGCAAGGCCAACGACGACAACAAGAUCGCCCUGAAGAACUGCGGUGGGAUCCCCGCGCUGGUGAGGCUGCUGAGGAAGACCAGCGACGUAGAGAUCAGGGAGCUUGUCACAGGCGUGCUGUGGAACCUGUCGUCAUGCGACGCGCUGAAGAUGCCCAUAAUUCAGGAUGCCCUGGCGGUGCUUACCAACACGGUGAUCAUCCCCCUCUCUGCCUGGGACGCUUCGCCACACCAGGAGGACCGCAAACUGCAGCUGCACUCCUCGCAAGUUCUGCGCAACGCCACAGGCUGUCUGAGGAACGUCAGCUCGGCGGGGGAGGAGGCACGCCGGCGGAUGCGGGAGUGCGAGGGACUGACCGACGCCCUGCUGUACGUGAUCCAGACGGCGCUGGGGAGCAGCGAGAUUGAUAGCAAGACCAUAGAAAACUGCGUGUGCAUCUUGAGGAACCUCUCGUAUCGACUGGCUGCAGAGACGUCCCAGGGCCAGCAGAUGGGCACGGAUGAACUUGAUGGAUUGCUUUGUGGCGAUGCCAACGGCAAAGACGGCGAGAGCUCCGGGUGCUGGGGAAAGAAGAAGAAGAAAAAGAAGGCACAAGAUCAGUGGGAUGGCGUCGGACCCCUCCCCGAGUCUGCCGACCCGCCCAAAGGGAUUCAGAUGCUGUGGCAUCCCUCCAUCGUCAAACCCUACCUCACUCUCCUGUCCGAGUGCUCCAAUCCCGACACGCUGGAGGGCGCGGCCGGGGCCUUGCAGAACCUGGCGGCUGGCAGCUGGAAGGUAGGUCCCACGUGGUCAGUGUACAUCCGGGCGGCCGUGAGGAAAGAGAAGGGCCUGCCUAUCCUGGUGGAGCUGCUGCGGAUAGACAAUGACCGCGUGGUGUGUGCCGUGGCUACAGCUUUAAGAAAUAUGGCCUUAGAUGUGAGAAACAAAGAAUUAAUCGGCAAAUACGCCAUGCGCGACCUGGUCCACCGCCUGCCGGGGAGCAGCAACAGCACCGGCGGCAGCACCGCCAACAGCACCACCAGCAAGAACAUGUCCGACGACACGGUGACCGCCAUCUGCUGCGCCCUGCACGAGGUCAUCACCAAGAACAUGGAGAACGCCAAGGCCCUGCGCGACGCCGGCGGCAUCGAGAAGCUCAUCGGCAUCGCCCGGAGCAAAGGAGACAAACACUCGCCGAAAGUGGUGAAGGCAGCCUCUCAGGUCCUCAGCAGUAUGUGGCAAUACAGGGAUCUGCGCAGCCUCUACAAGAAGGACGGAUAUGCACAAUAUCAUUUUGUGGGCUCCUCUUCAACAAUAGAGAGGGACAGACAACGACCCUACUCCUCCUCCCGCACCCCCUCUAUCUCUCCAGUCCGGACAUCCCCGAACAACCGAUCAGCAAGUGCCCCUGCCUCACCCCGAGAGAUGAUCAGCCUCAAGGAGAGGAAGACCGACUAUGAGUCGACUGGAACCAAUGCCAGUUACCAUGGAAACAAAGGCGAGCACACUUCCAGGAAAGACACCACGGCAGUACAAAUCUCAAGUGGGACUUCUACGUUGUUCCGGAAUUCAUAUGUUACUCCUAAUGAAGACAUCAAACACAACCAGGUCCCUGUCCAGCCAGCUCCUCCAGAGACUGCCCGGAAAGACUAUGAGACCUUUCCUCCGUUUCAGAACCCCACUAGGAACUUUGAAGAGUCUUUCUUUGAGGAUCAAGUGCAUCACCGCCCCCCACCCGCCACAGAUUUAAAUAUGCAUCUGGGACUGAAGUCGACCGGAAACUAUGUGGACUUCUACUCAGCGGCCCGGCCCUAUAGCGAACUCAACUACGAGACGAGUCACUACCCAGCCUCCCCUGACUCCUGGGUCUAGGGACUGGUGUCCCACGAUGGCGGCGGAGCCUGACGAGGGGGCGGGGGCGUGCAUGUGCAUGCAUGACACAUUACAUUUUUUCAGCAAAUUUCUUUUGUCAAAGCUCGUUCCAUAGAGAGGUUCCAUUGAAGAGUGUGUGGGUUUGGGAGGGGCAUGUAGAUAAAGAGAGAGAAAAAGAAUGAGAGAACCUUGGAGAAAAGCAUAAAGAAAGAACGCAUGAGAGAUGUUCGAGGGGUCUUAUUGCGUGGGAAGAGGGAAUCUUGACUUUUGAAGUCAAGGUGGAAUAACUCUGAGGGUAUUUGGAAAGUCGAGGAUGAAAAGAGACUGCAAAUAUGAGGGUCGGCACAUGAAUAUGUGAAGCACAAGAAAAACUAAAUUGUUGUUUACACUAACUAAGGGAACGGCUUUUCACAUAGCAUUUUCUUUUCCCUCAUUGUGUACCAAGGCUUCAGUCUGCAUUUUGCAGAGAGUCCUCUGUAAAAGAUGGACACCUCCAACCUUUUACUUUGUUCUCACUUUUUUUAUUUGUACUUUUUUAAUUCUUUGUUGUAAAGUAUUUGAUGUACAUUACAGAGAUACAAGUGCAUUGUGUAUAUUACACGGAUGCCACCGUGUCCCUUCUUCAGUGGCUCUUGCUAUUGUUUUAUGGUUACAUGAAAAAGAAAAAAUAUUGGAAAGACAUGUGAAUCGCCAACCUAUCCUUUCCAAGCAAAGUAUGUUUUAACAGCAAGAAGGAAGUAUUUAGCAGUAUUGUUCGUUCUGAUAAUGUGAAUUUGUUUGUGGCAAUUAAACAAACAUUUUAAGCAGUUCAAGACAGUAAACAGAACACCAUUCCACACUCCUUGUCAAUGAAGUGCUUUUUCACUGCCUAAAAAAGUUUAGAUGUAGAUAUUUGGAAUAGUUUUUUUUUUUUUUUCCUUUUUUUGGUUUUCACUUAUAUCAGGUUUUCUUUAUGAUGAUACAGUGUUAAAAAAUAAUAAAUACCACUUUGUUUGUCAUUCAUAUUUGCAUAAAACCUGUCUGUUCUGCUAGUAUCACAGUUACCUGUGCUUAUAUUAAAACAAGAUUAACAUUGUGCCAAACUUCAUUAUCUCUAGUAUCACUUGGAACCUGGAGAUAAUUUGGAACUUUUGUUGAGGUUUACAUUCUAUGACUGGGUAUUUGUUCUCCUGAUGUCAGUUUGUAAAUGCUUUUUGUUCCUAAAUGUGUUUAAUGGAAUUAAGCUAUACCUAGACUACACUGGAAUAUUACCAGGAGGGCAAAAUCUUUGAGAGCUUAAUUCCCUCCAAAGAUGUACAAAUCUGUCACUCAAUGUUAGCUGAGCGUGUGUUGUAAGUUGAUCAAUGUUUGAUAAGAGAGGUGUUCUUUCAAAGACGAGUGGCUUCUACUGUUUGAAUUUACAUUGCAAAACAAGGUAAAUCAUCAUAGACUAAAAUGUUAAUAGAGAAUGAUAAAUAUAUAUAUAGAGAUAUAAAUAUAUAUAAUUUUUAUGUGCAGAUGUGUGUGUGUCACUAAAAGCAACAACAUUAUCAAAAAGACGUGUAAAAUAGGAUGCUGUUCACUUUAAUGUUCUGAUCCCAAGGGGGAAGAAAGAAACCCUUGAAGAUAUUGACCUCCUAAUCUGAGUUAUGUUGUUUCCAAGAUAUAUAGAUUAUCAUUCUAAAAUCUGAGUGAUGUUCGGAUGCCAGGAAAAUAAAUUAUUCUGUGCAAUCUUCAGAGCUUUUCUGCCGCAUAUCCUGCUCUUAACACUCACGUGGUCUUACUUCUGAAAGAAAGCACAAUUCCUCUGAAUAUAAGGUCCCCAUUGCUGGUCAUUUGUGUGGGAAAUAUGCAGACGACUCCUUUUUUUUUGGUUUGUUUUGUUUUUAUGUUGAUGUUGUUGCUUCAGGCCAGGUGUUUAUAACUGUGGGUAUGUUUAUUGCCUCAAGACUUUAAAACUGCUAAGAUAUAAACUUACCAUCUAGGACACUGUUUUGGAUGGUUUAAUGAUUGACCAUGAUUCUUUUUGUUCAAUUACUUCCUCUUUGACAGGGAUGAAUUUACCAUGUCUGUAACACUCUCUGGUUAACGUGAUGCUUUUUGAAACAGAGGUGCUAUCUAAAACUGUGCUUACUUGAUUCCACAUACAUGGUUAUGUCAUGCCACAAAGAUAUUUCAUUUUUCUAAUUCAGUUACUUGAAAGAAUAGAUAUUUAAGGAUAAUGCAUACUUUCAUUUCUGUAUGUUAAAUCGGUGGUUCUCAAUUUCUUUUCUCCCACAAACCACAAGAACAGUUGUGAGAUAUCAGUGAACCACCUGCACAUUUAAAUUUAAACAAAAUAAAAUGUAAAUAACA